AUGGCAUACACGGGACGAAACCCUCAGGGCAAUGGCAGCCCCUCGCCGUUGCCAGAUGUGUCUCGCAACCGGUUGCCGACAUUGUUUGAGGUUCUCAGCCGCCGAACCCACCCGCCGGUGGACCUUUUCUCCUUCUACAUCUAUAUGAGAGACCAGCAGCGCUCUGUUGAUUAUCUCGACUUUUGGCUCGAUGUUGCUCAGCACAUGUCGCUAUGUCGGCACUACGUCCGAGAACUUAGGAGAUCAGUCAUGGUUGGCACACCAGACCUGGACAAGCCAGAAUCGAAGCGCAACUCGCAGGCACUUGAAGCUAUGGGCGAGAUUCGAGAUGGUCCUUCAGGGCCGACCAUGUACGCAAGUGAGAAGGAGCGGGAGCAAAACGCUCAGAUGUCGGCUUAUCUGCGUGACCAGCCAGUUCCUGGGGCCCUCUAUAAUGAGUCUCCUGCUAGCAGCCAAGAACGACGGACACGGGCGAGCACGCAGCUCAGCUCCCAGCACAUUACCUCGGACUCUAACUCGCCGAUGCAUACUGUGGCUCGUGAAGACAUCCGGGCAUCAGCCGAGAAGAUUCUUUACACGUUCCUCCUCCCCGGCGCGGAGCGCGAGAUCACCCUCCCCGGAUCCAUCACCACCGACAUAACCAAUGCCAUCGAGCAGGAUGGUCGGGAUGACCCGGAAGUUUUUGAUGUGGCUAAGGACUACGUCUUUCAGGCUAUGGAGCGUGAUGCCUUCCCUGGGUUCCUCCGCGCGCGUGCUCUUGGCAACCUGAUCCCGCCCACGAUCAUUGCUCGACUGAUCAUCGGUCUUAUUUCGCUCUUUGCCGGCUUCUGGGCGGCUUUCAUUCUCAUCUUCCUCGAUAGGGACCGACUAAACCGCUGUUGGGUUAUUCUCCCUUUUACUGUUGGUGUCUACCUCCUGGCAUCGUACCAGUACAACCUGGACCCAAUCAUGGCCAUUGUGGGCUUCUCCGAAUACACACCCUUCAACUUCUCUCGUAUCAGGGAGCCAUACGUCCGGAAGCUCUUGGUACAACGAUCUCUGAUGGUCCUUGCCUGGACCAUCAUCAUCGACGCUGGUCUUUGCCUGCUCUUCAUCUUGGUUCCUGGCAAGCGUCUAUAA